UUCAACAUGAGGUUUUGGAGGGACAAACACCUAAACCAUAGCACUCCCCAAAGGUAAUACCUUCUGUAUUAGUUGUAAUGUUGCAUAACAAACCACUCCAAAGCUCAGUGAAGUAAACCAGUACCAUUUAUUUAGCUUACUGUUUUGUGGGUCAGCAAAUUAGGCUGGGCUCAACUGGACUCACUUGUAUACCUGUGGUCAGCUAGACAGCUUCACCUCUGGAGAAGUAGCUGACCAGUGGCAAGGACCUUCAGGGUGACUGCAGUCUGUACCUUUCUUUCAUUACUCAGCACACUGGCCUAAAGUUCACAUGGUUGCUUGAGAGGGUUUCAAGAGAGAAGCCUAUAAAUCAUCUUGAGGUGUAGGCUGGGAGCUCGUGUAGUAUCCCUUCCUCCACAUUCUGUUAGCCAAAGCAUGUCACAAUGCCAGCCCAGGUCCAGCGGGGUGGAGAAGCGGGCUAGUAAGCCAUGGAACUUCUCAUUGUCAUUAACCCCAAAUCAUAUUGUUGGGAUCAACAAUAUCACCCUUGAUUUGGGGUUAAUGUUAGAUCUCAUAGUUCUCAUAGUUAGAUGACCACCUCAGGCUGCGUUUGUGCCUGUGCUCUGGGUUCCCUCUCUCACUGCAGUUAGAACAUCAUGUGGCCGCUGUUGGUUUAUUUCUCGGUGGAAAGUGAGCCUCUUAAAACCAAGGACUGUGUAUCAACCCAGGAUUUGGCUUGUAGAGGAGGUUCAGCUGUCUAUAUAUCUCCCUAGAUACCUAAAACUGACUACCUGAUCACGUCUUCCCAUUGCUGAGCUAUUUCCCUGAUAUCUGGCCAUGCAACGGAGAUCAAGAGGGAUAAAUACUGGGCUUAUUCUACUCCUUUCUCAAAUCUUCAAUGUUGGGAUCAACAAUAUUCCACCUGUCACCCUAGCAACUUUGGCCCUCAACAUCUGGUUCUUCUUGAACCCUCAGAAGCCACUGUACAGCUCCUGCCUUAGUGUGGAGAAGUGUUGCCAGCAAAAAGACUGGCAGCGUUUACUGCUCUCUCCCCUUCACCAUGCUAAUGAUUGGCAUUUGUAUUUCAAUAUGGCAUCCAUGCUCUGGAAAGGAAUACAUCUAGAAAGAAGACUGGGAAGUAGAUGGUUUGCCUUGGUUAUCACCACAUUUUCUAUACUUACUGGAGUGGUAUACCUGCUCUUGCAAUUUGCUGUUGCCGAAUUUAUGGAUGAACCUGACUUCAAAAGGAGCUGUGCUGUAGGUUUCUCAGGAGUUUUGUUUGCUUUGAAAGUUCUUAACAACCAUUAUUGCCCUGGAGGCUUUGUCAACAUUUUGGGCUUUCCUGUACCGAACAGAUUUGCUUGUUGGGUCGAACUUGUGGCUAUUCAUUUAUUCUCACCAGGGACUUCCUUCGCUGGGCAUCUGGCUGGGAUUCUUGUUGGACUAAUGUACACUCAAGGGCCUCUGAAGAAAAUGAUGGAAGCAUGUGCAGGUGGUUUUUCCUCCAAUGUUGGUUACCCAGGACAGCAAUACCACUUUAAUAGUUCAGGCAGCUCUGGAUAUCAGGAUUAUGACCCGCAUGGCAGGCCGGGUCACUAUGAAGAAGCACCCAGGAACUAUGACACGUACACAGCAGGACUGAGUGAAGAAGAACAGCUUGAGAGAGCUUUACAAGCCAGCCUCUGGGACCGAGAUUCUUCUGAAAGGCAAAUGGCAACAAUCACACUUUGGCUGUCUUGUGAAAAAAUCAAGCAGAAUUGUCACCCCCAGCCCUGCACUACACAGUUGGGGUUGCUGCAUAGCAUAUUUGAAACUAUGAUGGCAUAUACUACAAAAGUCUUGGCUAGAGAAUGAAACUGAUUGCUGCUUUGUUUCUUAGUCUCUCGAUGUAAAAAUCGGGAAAGCCAUAUUAGAAAAAAAUAUUUAGAUUUCAAAUUAAUAUGUAGUGCUUUGUUAAGAGAACAUUUAGUGAUCCCUUUGAAUCCUGUUUAUAAGCAUCAUCUAUUCAUAGGAACCAAUUGAGAUACACUUAAAGUUAAAAAAAAAAGGAGAUAAUUUAUUUAAGUUGUACAUUUUUCUUUUUUCUGAUGCAACAUCAAGGUAUGUAAAAUUAACGUUUGUCUUAUUGUAUGGAAAUGUUUGUGAAAAAUUGGAUAAAUUAUGUUCAUGUUCUUUUUAUCUUUUAUGGUGUGUUACAAAGAAAAAAUGAUGGGAAUUUCAGUGACCUGAGUUUCAUUCCUAGCAUAACCAUUAACUAACUUUAUUUGUGCUGUGAGUCACUGAAUCUGAUCAGAUCUCAGUUUUAUUUUUAUGUUUUUUAUAAUGAAGGAAUUAAAUUGGGUAUGCUUCAAAGUCUCUUCCAGUUCCAUUAUUCUGAGGAGAACAUAACUUAAAAGAGAUGGGAAUUUGGGGAGAUGUCAGGAAUACUGGUGAGUUUUGACAUAUAAGUCUCAGGGCUUACAGAUGAAAGAUCUCUGAAAGAUACAUUCAAACAGCUAUACAAAGCAGAUCUAACUUGAUAAACACAUGUAUUAGUUGGUAGUACCUUAUUCAGUUGCGUGAUUAUGUGAGCCUUUAUUGGCCCAGUGCAGGCAUAAUGCAAUUGGCAAUUUUUAACGUAUGCAAAUUUUCACUGCUGCCUUGCUUGGCAUAGCAGAAGCAUUACAGCCAGGACAGAGAUGUAUGACUAAUUCUGUGUGACCACUUCUUUUUUUUUUUUUUUUUUUUAAAGUAAUUUGGUGUGUUCUCCCCCAGGAAAACUUCCUAUGUAAUAAAAAAGUACCAUCUGCCAGAUUGUCUAAAAGCAAUUUCAAUGCAAAAAAACCCACUUGCUUUAGAUUACUGAUUCUUACUUGCUGCUCUGUGUAUUGAAGGUUUUCAUUUCAGUGAAUAAAAGUUUGAUAUUUGAGAAUGUGUCUAGAUGCAAAAUUUUACAACAGAUUGUGCUUAUAUCUGCAUUUACGGUGCUAUAAGAUUGUACUUAGAUUGUGCUCAUAUCUACCUGUACUUUUUCAAAUCUAUGAAAUUAGGUUCCAUAAUUUAAAAUAUUAACUAAAGCUCAGCCAUUGCUUUAAAAAAGAGAGAGAUACAUGGAAUUUAAAUGUUUGGGAAACUGACAUUAAUAGUUAUCUGUGAAUUAAUUUAUAUGUAAUCUUUUCUCUGCUACCUGCCCUCCAUAAUAAUCAUUUAUUGAAAGUUAUUAUUUGGAUGCUGAUGAGAAGAUUUAACAAUAAAAGCAUAAA